AAGAGUAAUUGCACAGGCAUGCCUCUCAUAUCGCCUCAUUGCAUAACUUUGUUUAAAACAAUCCUUUACCCUCAAACUAUAGGGAAAUGACUUCCAUUUCUUUAUGGAAAACCAAGAUUGUGUACAUUUGGCAACCAAUUGAAACAGUUCAAAAGAAAGUGAACUUCUGAAGAACCUGUUGUCAUUUGAAAAAUAUUCAUAGCUAUUUAUGGUGAGAACUUCUUCUUUCAUGAACCCUUUCCGUGAACUCUAGCUCUUCCCACGCCCUUCUCUUCAUGGUGAUGUUAUUAAUGACAGGCAGAGGAAUAAGCAGUAAACGAAAGUGAAAGUGUUGGAAGGAGAAUGAAGGGGCAGGGGAGAGGCAUAAGAAGAACAGAGAGCAAACGAAUAUCUCUCACUUCUGGAUCAUCGCAAACACACUAAGAUGCAGAGCCUCCAGGAUCAGGACGAUCUCAUCCCGAGGCCUCGGGGGAGUUUACCUAAACUGUGUGCUGCGGUGCUGUCUGCCAUGACAAUAGGAGGCGUCCUGUUUCUGUCUCCUGAAAGGUUGUUUGAAUGGGUUGCCAUGGUGAUACUCAUCCUGACCCUUGGCCCUCUGCUGCAUGGGCUCUGUCUGCUGGCAGAAGAAAUACUCUACCACUCAAAUACCAGGCACCGAGGCCGAGGGUGGAGCCAUGUGCUGCCGGCCUGUGGUCUGUGGGGGAAGACCCUACUGGCUGCAGGGCUGGCAGGCCUUCUGCUCCACCUGGUCAGACAUCCUCUUCCGCACCAAGGCCAGAGCUUGAAACUUGUAUUUCUUGCCUCCAGCCUUUACCCCCUGUUGAAAAGCCUGGGAGUCCUGGGUCCGUCAGAGGUGGAGGUGUCAGCCCUCUGCGAGGGGAGGAAGAUGAACGUGGCCCACGGCCUGGCCUGGUCCUUCUACAUUGGAUACCUGCGCCUGGUGCUGCCACGUUUGGAUGACUCCAUCACAGCAUUUUGUGCCACCAAGACCAGCAGCUUGGGUCGUGGCUCCAGGAAGCUCAUCAUCCUCAUACCUCUCAACGCUAACAUUUCUCACAAACUGAAUGAAGAAGACAACAGGAUCCUUUACUGUGACAACCUCCCCAACAAUGAGAUAGACAGGGCUGGAGUCCGGGGGCGGGUCUACAAGCACAGUGUCUACAGUGUAUUUGAUGAACAUAAAAAGGUCCAUGAGUGUGUGUUGGAGUAUGCCACGCCCCUGCUGACGCUGCACAGCAUGUCCCAGGAGAGCAGCGCGGGGUUCGGGGAGCCGGAGCGCAGACAGCAGGUGCUGCUCUUCUUCAGGACGCUGCAGGACAUCCUGGAGAACUCGCUGGAGUGCCGCAACCACUACAAGCUCAUCCUGCUCAACGAUGAGCACGAGGAAGACCCCCACUUCCUGUCCAAAGCUAUCCUCAGAAACUUGCAGCAGCAGGAGAAAGAGGAGUACUGCCUCACCCCGUCUCCUCAGCAGGAGAAAGGGGAGUACUGCCUCACCCCGUCUCCUCAGCAGGAGAAAGGGGAGUACUGCCUCACCCCGUCUCCUCAGCAGGAGAUGGUGAAUCCGUUCCUGAGCCAAUCGAGUUCCCGAGCAAGUGCUCCACCCAUCAAAGGUGACUGGCACCACCCUGAUCCAAUAAGCAGAGAGCCCACGCUCAUGUUCAGUCUGGACCCACCUCAUACUCUAAAGCAUCCUGAGGAGAACAGUCACCACUAUCCAGGGAAAUAAUAACACACACACACACACAGACACACACCCACACACACACUUGUAUGCUGAUGUGACAAGUUUGUGAGGCUGUCAAGCAAGCUAUCCGGAGAGGUAACCAAACAAAAAGCAAAAGGUAACCAGCUGUUUUGUAUCACAAGGCUCUGUGCAUCAAUAGCAUCAUAAACUAAUCUCAACAGUGACCAAACACAUGUAAAACUAUACAAAUAGCAUUGAUACUAUGCCCGUCUGUAGCCAAUAAAGGCCCUCCAGCAAUCAUGAAGUAUUAUGAUACUUGACCUCAUAUGGCGUUUUAAAACAUAUGUUGAGGCUAUUGUUAUAAAACAUUACCAACAUGUGUUACACAUUUCAUUUCAUUUUUAUUUAUUCCGUUCAUGGUAUGCAAAACUUAAUGUAUAAUAAUUGUUAACAAAACAUGUCUCUGUAAACACACCAUUGACCGAAAAGGAGCAGGGAGAAGAAAAUAAUCUUAUAUGACCUGCCCCUUUCUAAAAAAACAAAAUAAAUAGAAAUAGAUGGUCUGUCCUUCAUAUUUCUUUUUCACAGCCAAGCAUAAACGUACCUUAGGAUAAUAAGAGAAACAUAAACAAUACUUAUUUCCCACUUGACAGUUAGCGGAAAGAAACAAAACACCAAAACAUCACAUGUACAAGGAAAAGAAAAAUGUAAAGUGCAACACCCUCUUCUGAUUCCUAAUACAUAAUCAUAAUAAUAA